AAACUGCUGAUCGCAUUCAAUUCACGUACUUGAGUAGACUUAAACGUCACAAUGAUUUCUAAGAUUAUUUGCUUCUUAGUUCUAUCGCUGGUCUCAGCAGACCAAGAUCCUACAAAAGUCUGCUCACCUGACCAGGUGUCUUUCUACAGUUACAAUAUUGAAAAAGAUGUCAUUUCCCUUGUGAACAUCGACUACAAAAGUAAGAUCAUGGCUGUUGCUCUUGGCAACACAACUGUAGUCAAUGACCUUCAAAGUGAAAAAUCUUACAUAACUGAAAAUGGCACCUGUCAGUCAUCAGAUUUACCUAAAGACCCGUACCCACAAUGUCUGCCAGCUAACGCUGUACAGUUGGCAAACAUUACAGUAGGUCUUGGUUCCAAUCAGCUGACUGGUACAGUCUGGCAGUUUCCAUACAACAAUGGGGUAUUGAAAGUAGCUUUUACCAACGUACCCAAUGCACCUAACUACCCAUUCCUGACUCGAUUUGUGGAUGAUAAAGGUGUCGUGUCUGCCAGUUUCUUUGUUGACAUUGCUACUAAUAUCACACAGCCUGCAUUGUUGAAAAUCCCGGAUCUUUGUCCACCAAAAGUUAUUGUUUAGAUUUUUUUAUAUUUGUAAUACUUUUCCUUUGACACAUUUGAUAAGUAAAAUAUAUAUGUAUA